GACCCGGUGUCGGCAGGACUGUACGCCGGCGGACCCGGCCGAAACCCAGAGGUGCGGGCCUGUUAGGGCAAGGACUCGCUUGGGCCGGACGGAGGCUCGAGCGGGGAUCUCCGAGAGUGAGCCCCGGAGCCUGCGGCUGGGCCAGCGGAGCAGGGACGGCGGGGCCCGGCCGGCUGUCGGCGUCCACCGGAGCCCGAGCAAGGCGCGCGGCGCGGUGUGGCUCCGAGAGACCGAUUUGUGCUCCUUGGAGAGUUUGUCGCAGAGGCUCAGAGCCGGAUCCUUGGGGAUUGAGGGGGGGCAGCUCCGGGGCAGAAGCGCGCUGGAGGAGCAGCCCCCUUCUCGCAGCCCUCGGAGCCUUGGGGCGGAGACAGCGAGUUCCGGAAGAAGGGUCAACCAUUUACAGUUUGUAGACAUUUUCAAGAGCAGCAGAAAAUGAAUGAAUCCCAGGGAUCAGUGUCAUUUAAGGAUGUUGCUGUGAAUUUCACCCAGGAAGAGUGGCAGCAGCUAGAUGCUGAGCAGAGGACAACAUACAGGGAUGUGAUGUUGGAGAACUACAACCAUCUUGUUUUCAUGGGGUAUGACAGCACCAAACCAAAUGUGAUUGUCAAGUUGGAGCAGGGGGAAGAGCCCUGGGUAGCAGAAGGGGAAUUCCCAAAUCAGACUCAUCCAGAAGCAGUCUGGAGGUUAAAUGACCUGAUAGAGGAAAUCCAAGAAAAUGAAUGUGGACAUGCUAAGCAAGCUGUUUACAUCCACAGCAAAACCCUGACUGAAGAGAGGCAGAAUGUACUUGACAAAACAUAUAAUGUGGAAACAAACCUUGUUCCUUCAAGCAUAAUAUCUCAUAAUUGUGUCUCAUGCAGAAAGAACUUAGAAUCUACUUCAGAAUUAAUUAUUAGUGAUGGAAGCUAUGCAAGAAAAAAACCUAAUGAGUGUGGUGAAUGUGGGAAAACGUAUGGAGAGAAACCUUACGAAUUUAAUCAAAACAGAGAAGCUUGCUCUCAAAGUGAAGAAAACAUUCUUCAGAAAAUUAACGUUUUAGAGAAACCCUUUGAAUUCAGUGACUGCAUAGAAGCCUUAGACAAUGAAACUGUUUUCAUUACUCAUAAAAGCACUUAUAUGGAAGAGAAACCCUAUGAAUGGAAUGGGUCUGAGUCAGAUUUCAUCCAGAUGUCAGAUUUUAAUGUAUACCAGAGAUCACAAAUAGAAAUGAAGCCCUUUGAAUGUAGUGAAUGUGGGAAAUCCUUCUGUAAAAAGUCAAAAUUUAUUAUACAUCAGAGGGCUCACACAGGAGAGAAGCCCUAUGAGUGUAAUGUGUGUGGAAAAUCCUUCAGCCAAAAGGGAACACUCACUGUACAUCGGAGAUCACACUUAGAGGAGAAACCCUAUAAGUGUAAUGAGUGUGGGAAAACCUUCUGUCAGAAGUUACAUCUCACCCAACAUCUGAGAACUCAUUCAGGAGAGAAACCCUAUGAAUGUAAUGAAUGUGGAAAGACCUUCUGCCAAAAGACACACCUGACUCUGCAUCAGAGAAAUCAUUCAGGAGAGAGACCCUAUCCAUGUAAUGAAUGUGGGAAAUCCUUCUCCCGCAAGUCAGCUCUCAGUGAUCAUCAGAGAACACAUACAGGCGAGAAGCUUUAUAAGUGUAAUGAAUGUGGGAAAUCCUACUACCGAAAGUCUACUCUUAUUACACAUCAGCGAAUACACACAGGAGAGAAACCCUAUCAAUGUAGUGAAUGUGGGAAAUUCUUUUCUCGGGUAUCAUACCUCACUAUACAUUAUAGAAGUCACUUAGAGGAGAAGCCCUAUGAAUGUAAUGAAUGUGGCAAAACCUUCAAUUUAAAUUCUGCCUUCAUUAGACAUCGGAAAGUGCACACAGAUGAGAAACCCCAUGAAUGUAGUGAAUGUGGAAAGCUCAGACAGUUUUCAUAUUCCCCUGAACAUCACACAAUUCCUUUAGGAGAUAAACCCUAUGAAUGUAAUGAAUGUGGAAAAACCUUCCUUGAAAACACAACCUUAAGUGGGCACCAGUCAUUACCAAAAGGAGAAAAGUCCUAUGAAUGUAAUAUAUGUGGAAAAUUAUUCUCUGAGUUAUCAUACUACACUGUACAUUAUAGAAGUCAUUCAGAAGAGAAGCCCUAUAGAUGUAGUGAAUGUGGAAAAACCUUCUCCCAUAAUUCAUCCCUCUUUAGACAUCAGAGAGUACACACAGGAGAGAAACCCUAUGAGUGUUAUGAAUGUGGAAAAUUCUUCUCUCAGAAGUCUUAUCUCACUAUACAUCAUAGGAUUCAUUCAGGAGAGAAACCCUAUGAAUGUAGUAAAUGUGGAAAAGUCUUCUCUCGGAUGUCAAACCUCACUGUACAUUAUAGAAGCCAUUCAGGAGAGAAACCCUAUGAAUGUAAUGAAUGUGGAAAAGUAUUUUCUCAGAAGUCAUACCUCACUGUACAUUAUAGAACUCAUUCAGGAGAGAAACCCUAUGAAUGUAAUGAAUGUGGGAAAAAAUUUCACCACAGAUCAGCUUUCAAUAGCCAUCAGAGAAUUCAUAGGAGGGGUAAUAUGAACAUACUUGAUGUGGAAAACCUCCUGUGAAGUCAUUUAAAAAACCCUCUGCAUACAAUAAAUAUGGGAAAUCCAACAGGGAAUCAGAUAUCUGUUUGAGAGUGUUUUUGUGAACAGAAAAGCAUGUAGGCGUUAGACUCAUUUUAAUCUGAGUUUUCAUAGAGAAGAAUCCCUAAAAAUAGCAAUGAACAAAGACUUCAGCAGGACCCUACAACUCAAUGGACAAUAAUUUAUGCAGUAGUAAAACCUUAUGAAUAUUUAAUAUUUAUUUUGGUUCAAAUUAUAUAUCAGGGAGUCAUACCAAGGCAAAAUCCAAGUGGUGAAUGUGAAAAAUAUAUUGUCUUGGAAAUUGUUAUACUACAAGCCAUAUUUCAGAUGGAACAUCAAAUGUUUCUAGGCAAGAUAUCAGAAGCUGUCAGCUCUAGAUAAACCACUGUACAGGAUGAAGUUCUAAAAUCAGAAGUUGAUAAUGAAGACAGUCAUAGUGAAUACAUGUAUUGCAGUUUAUCAAAUGCAGUUUUUAAAAUGCAGUCUAAUAGCAAUUCUAUGCAAUUUUGUGUAAGUGCAGAUUUAAAUAUGUGAAAAGACAGCAUUAUAAUUUGAAUGUUAAGAUGACAACAUUUAUUAAUGGGAUAUUGUUGGUGAGUUGUGUGGUAGGUACAAAUUAGUUAAAUAUCCAAUUUUCUAUUCUUUAGAGGUAUUUACAAUGGGUUUUUAAUGAAUGCCCCCAUCAGUAGGGGAGGCAGUGGUUUUGUAAAGUUUUUAACUGCAUUUGAGCAAAAAAGAAUUUUUAGAAUAUUUUCAUAGGCUACAUAGAUAAUUGGAAUUGAAUAUUUUAACAAAAGGACACCUAUAUUCAUACUCUAUAAAGUGCACAGAUCUCACAUUACUCUGUUAACCCACAAAUUUGUGCAGUAUGCCACUAUUAUGUAAUUCAGAUGUUUUAGCUGCUCUUUUAUUUGGUAGGAAUAUGGUGUCAUUUUGUACACUGCCUCUUACUCCCAACAUUUUGAAAAAGUUAAUACAAAGUUCCAGCAGACUAUUUGGUUCACGAAUGCACUGUUUUCCUCCUCACUUUUUGCUGGAAGUGUUUUGGUGUCCGUCUUUCUUGACAGAACACAAGAUACAGCCUAAAAAGUCUCAGUCCAUCAUGAAUUCAUUAUAAUUUCCAGUAACUUGUUUAUAGUGGGUACAUGGCCCCAUAUUGGGUCAGUAAAUUAAAGAUGGGUUUCUUCUUCUGGGAAAUGGUUAGAACUGAUCAAAUGGGUCUUAUUCCUGGACCG